AGUGGGGCUGGAGACUGGGCUCUAUAGUAACUCAAGUGGGAGUUUGUUUUUUGGUUCUUGUUUUUUGGUAUGGGGGGGGGGGUUGGUGUUGCUGUUCAACCCUUCAAACACAGCACCUGUGAAGUAUUCAGUACUUCUCAUCCAGCUGUUUGUGAUUCAGAGAGCUUCCAGGUUGGUGAGCACAUCCACAUGAAUUCAUCUGCCAGGAGGGUGGCCCACCUCACCUCCACAGACGGAAGCACAGACUCGGGACCCUUCUGGACCUUGUUUUAUAUGGCCAGUAACCCAUGUGCCAGGUAGCAUUCUAUGCCAGUCUUGAAUGCCAACAGGAAGUCACUGGGCAGCAAACUUCUUCCAGGAUCAUAACUGGGCUAUUGGAGUAACUCGAAAACAAGGAAAACAAGAAUGGACCAUGGCAAAAAGAAAUCGAGUUCGGUCUACCUCUCCUCCGGAUGGAGGCUGGGGCUGGAUGAUUGUGGCCGGCUGUUUCCUUGUUACCAUCUGUACCCGGGCAGUUACCAGAUGUAUUUCCAUUUUUUUUGUGGAGUUCCAGACAUACUUCACUCAGGAUUAUGCACAGACAGCUUGGAUCCAUUCCAUUGUAGACUGUGUGACCAUGCUCUGUGCUCCACUUGGGAGUGUUGUCAGUAACCAUUUAUCCUGUCAAGUGGGAAUCAUGCUGGGUGGCUUGCUUGCAUCGACUGGUCUCAUCUUGAGCUCAUUUGCCACUAGUCUGAAGCAUCUCUACCUCACUCUGGGAGUUCUUACAGGUCUCGGAUUUGCACUUUGUUACUCUCCAGCCAUUGCCAUGGUUGGCAAAUAUUUCAGCAGACGGAAGGCCCUUGCUUAUGGGAUCGCCAUGUCAGGAAGUGGCAUUGGCACCUUCAUACUGGCUCCAGUGGUUCACCUCCUUAUUGAACAGUUUUCCUGGCGGGGAGCAUUACUCAUUCUUGGGGGCUUCGUUUUGAAUCUCUGUGUUUGCGGCGCCUUGAUGCGGCCUAUUACUCUUAAAGAAGACCAUACAGCUCCGGAGCAGGACCACAUCUGUAGAACUCAGAAACAAGACUUUAAGCGAGUGUCUCCCUGUUCAACUUUGACUAAAAAAUGGGUGCAGACCUGCCUCUGUUGCUCUUUGCAGCAGGAAUACAGUUUUUUACUGAUGUCAGACUUCGUUGUGUUAGCCGUCUCUGUUCUGUUUAUGGCUUAUGGCUGCAGCCCUCUCUUUGUGUACUUGGUACCUUAUGCUCUGAGUGUCGGAGUGAGUCACCAGCAAGCUGCCUUCCUUAUGUCCAUACUCGGGGUGAUUGACAUUAUUGGCAAUAUCACAUUUGGAUGGCUAACUGACAGAAGGUGCCUGAAGAAUUACCGGUAUGUCUGCUACCUCUUUGCCGUGGGACUGGAUGGGCUCUGCUAUCUCUGCCUCCCAAUGCUUCAAAGUCUUCCCCUGCUUGUGCCUUUCUCUUGUACCUUUGGCUACUUUGAUGGUGCCUACGUGACUCUGAUCCCAGUAGUGACUGCAGAAAUAGUAGGGACCACGUCUUUGUCAUCAGCGCUCGGUGUGGUGUACUUCCUUCAUGCAGUGCCAUACUUGGUGAGCCCACCCAUUGCAGGAUGGCUUGUGGAUACGACAGGCAGCUACACUGCAGCAUUUCUGCUCUGUGGAUUCUCAAUGAUAUUUAGUUCUGUGUUGCUUGGCUUUGCUAGACUUGUAAAGAAGAUGAAAAAAACCCAGCUGCGGUUCCUGGCCAAAGAGUCUGAUCCCAAGCUGCAGCUAUGGACCAAUGGAUCGGUGGCUUAUUCUGUAGCAAGAGAGUUAGAUCACAAGGAUGAGGAAUCUGUGGCUGUCGCAGUGCCUGGUUACAACCCCACAUGACCAAUGUCCUCGAACCUGGGAAUCUUCAGGGCUGAGAGAGGUGGGAGCACCGGAUUGUACGUGUCUCUGAAGCAUCUUAUUUUGGCAGAAGCACUGCCUUCCAAGGAAAUUAUUAUUGUUGUUUUAUUAACACGUUUAUAGGGGAAAAAAGCAAAUAACAAAGCAAGUUGGACUGGCUCAGAGUCCCCAUCUGGGAUUUGUGCUCACAACUGAACUCACAUCUUUCAGGCAAUGAGCAUCACUCCAUGGAGAAUGUUGGGACAUAGCUGAUACAGUAAGUUGUAGUUGCGGGUAAUUUCAAAGCAUUACCAAAGCAGAUGACAUUGGGAAGCUUUGUCUCAAACUCUCUGGCCCUCCAUCUUCCUCAAUUAGAAGGUAAACAGAAACAAUGACAUGUAGGUGAGCUUACUUUAUGCUUUUUUGGAGAAGGGGGUCUGUAUUAAUCACUGCCUUUGAAGAAUCUAAAGUAUUCUUCAACAACUCUGUUUAAAGCCCUAAUGAGAAACUCCACUGAGAAAGGGUUGGCAUCUUCACCACCCCCCCAUCCAAUGAAAGCUUUCUUCCUAAGACUGAGCCCCUCACCUCUGACCCGGCACUCACCUCUAUUCCUAUCGCUUAUGAUACUGAGUUUAGCAGAAUACACCAAGUCACAAGGGUGAUUCCUCAAUCUUACCUGAAAUGUUAACACCAACAUUUCCUCUUUUUUUCUUUAGAAACAAAGCUUUUCUUGAAAUCGCAUACACAUUCCUGUUAAGAACUGAAAAAUGUUGGCAGUACUCCAGCUGGGCAGGAAUUGAAUUCUCAAAUCAGCAGGUCUCUGAUGGGAGUUUUCUUUUCAGAUCAGACAUUUAGGUUCAUCAUUACCCAAAAAGGAACUUGGGAGGUUUGCCUGAAAAACAUUGUUCUAGAGAUAUUCUAAAGGUGAGAUUCCUUUCUGCCUGUGUUAAUUCUAGUUCCAAUGUCCACUGCCCUUUACCUCUUUAUGGAUAAUCAUUAGAAACUUGAUGGGUGUCUCUAGAUGAAUGAGAGGGCUUCAGGGGUUAACCUCAGCAUCCUAGUGCUCUCAUUAAUUAGAGCUUUGUUCAGGGGAGAGGGAGAAGGUUAGGAAGGCUAGUGGUGUGAUAUUUUAUAGUUCAAAGAACUCUUUCACAUACUUUGCUCCUUGGAUUAGCAUAGUUUUCUAUUCUCAAGUACUCUAUUUUCCUAUAGUUUGGGAUAAUUUCUGGCUCUUCAGAGGGAGGGUAUCAGAGAGAAGAGAAAGGCCAGAGGCUCCAGGUGGUCUCCAACCACUUUAAAUCCACAGAAUGAGAGCCCUGAAUCACCCAGUCAUGUGAUACCUGUAACUUAGGAGCACGUUACACAAUUGAAAAGGGAUUUUAACUAUUGAAAAAUAUUCAGUCUGAAUCUCAAAGAAAUAUUUUUACCCAGAAGGCCGUUGAAUCCCUUGGGCAGUCUCACAAAUGCCCAGCUAGCACUGAGGAAGAUCCUAGGUUGACUAAGCAUGUUCAACAAGAGUCUUUACCUAUAACUGGAUUAUUUCAUAAAAUUACAUAUUAAUACAUACAUUGCUUUCAGAAUGAAGUACUGACGUGAUUUAAUGGAAGAAAACUAAUAUUCCACUGCUGUUUUCUAAAGAUAAAUUUGAAUGUCGCCUGUUAUCUUUUUACUUAGCUCAAGAAUUUAGUUUUUAACCCAUUUACUAUGUCAUUUGUAAUCUAAAAACAAUACUUGGAAAGUAUCUGUAAAAGUCAAAUUUACAGUGAACUUCUGUGUGUUUGGAAUAGCACUUUACACUAAAUAUCAUUUCUUGAAUCUUUAAGCCUAAAGAUUUUUUGAAAUAUAAAUAGUUCUAAAUAUUCCUAGACAUAUUUUUUCCUAGUGGCCACAGUAAAAUUUUGUUUCUCCUGUUAUGCAAUAUGAUUUCUCUGAAGUAUUAUAUGUAUUCCUGAAAAAUGAGUAUAGCAACCAGAGCUUUUAAAAUUUUGUUUCAAAUAUGUGGGAUAUUUUUACUUUCUACAUGCAUAAAUUUGUUUUUUACUUUCCCAUUUGGAGUGCAAUUUUAGAAAACCAGCCAGGAAAAUGUAGAUCUUAGAAUCUACCACUGUCAUCUCCAUAAAAUUUUACUGUUAAGGUUCCGUGUGCCUAUACUGUUUAUUUCAAAAGUGAGAGAUCCGCGGGAAUGAUGUGUUUUGUGGAAUCAAGAACAAAAUUGUGGUAGGAUGAUUCUACAUCUUAAAUAUGUCUUUACAUCACUGUGAGCUCUAGUUUGAAACUGACUGAAUAGAAAAGCAAAGAAACUAACUUCUAUUGAUACACUGUACCAUUGGGCCUUUUUUUUUUUUUCAGAUUGUGAUUUUACUAAUAGAUCAGAUAUUUAUGCUCAUAUUUUCUUAUUUCAAAAACAUAAUAAAAUGAGUUUAUAUUUGUGUUUGGAAAAACAUUUUUCCUUGUACAAG